CCUAAAGGCCGUGAGCCGUGAUAGGCUUAGUGGGAAUAAAACCUGGGGCGUGUGGGAGGUGAGUGACAUUUUGGAGCGAGAUGGCGAGAGGGACGGCUGCCACAUACCUGCAUGGAGUUCUUCUCCUGGCUCUGUGGAAACCCUCGCUGCAAGGAGGUGUAUAUGUUCCAACCUCUGGAGGAGCUGGAACCGGCACAGGAGCUGGAACAGGAGCCGGCGGUACUGGAACUGGACCAGGCUUUGGUGCAGGAGGAGGUAGUCCAGAUUUCCAGUCUGGUGGGGGUGGUGGACUUGGUGCUGGUCUAGGUGGAUAUGGUGGACAAGGACCCGGAGGAUUUGGUCCUGGAGGCAUAGGACCAGGAAGUGUUAGACCUGGUGGUUUUGGUCCAGGAGGAGUUGGUCCGGGAGGAGUUGGACCAGGUGGUUUUGGUCCCGGAGGAGUUGGCCCAGGAGGAGUUGGCCCAGGAGGAGUUGGACCAGGUGGUUUUGGUCCGGGAGGAGUCGGCCCAGGAGGAGUCGGCCCAGGAGGAGUUGGCCCAGGAGGAGUUGGACCAGGUGGCUUUGGUCCAGGAGGAGUUGGUCCAGGAGGAGUUGGCCCAGGAGGAGUCGUACCAGGUGGUUUUGGCCCGGGAGGAGUUGGCCCAGGAGGAGUUGGACCUGGGGUCUUUAGGCCAGGUGUGAAACCUCCUAAAACAGGAGGUGGCUACAGUGGGCUUGGAACAGGACAAGGAGGUGUCGGUGUAGGAGGAGGACUGAGACCAGGUGGAGUGGGCACUGGUUUUGGACCAGGCGGAGUUGGCCAAGGAGGAUUUGGUCAAGGAGGAGUAGGACCAGGAGGAGUUGGUCAAGGAGGAGUAGGACCAGGUGGAGCUGGCCCAGGAGGAGUUGGUCAAGGAGGUGUCAGACCGGGUGGAGUUGGCCCAGGAGGGGUUGGUCAAGGAGGAGUUGGACCAGGUGGAGUUGGCCCAGGAGGAUUUGGUCCAGGCGGAGUUGGACCAGGUGGAGUUGGCCCAGGAGGAUUUGGUCCAGGAGGAGUUGGACCAGGUGGAGUUGGUCCAGGAGGAUUUGGUCCAGGAGGAGUUGGACCGGGAGGAGUUGGACCGGGUGGAGUUGGCCCAGGAGGAUUUGGUCCAGGCGGAGCUGGACCUGGUGGAGUUGGAACCGGGGGUUUUAGACCAGGCACUUUUGGUCCAGGAAGUGGUGGACUAGGGGUAAUUCCUGGGGCUGGUGGAAAACCUCCUAAAACAGGAGGUGGAUAUGGUGGGCUUGGAACAGGACAAGGAAGUGCAGGAGGAGGACUGAGACCAGGAGGAGUUGGUACUGGUUUUGGACCAGGUGGAGGUGGCCCUGGAGGCUUUGGAACUGGUCCUGGUGGAGUUGGCCCAGGUGGAUUUGGCCAAGUAGGAGCUGGUACAGCUGGCCAAGGGUAUGGAGGCCUUGGUGCAGGUGGUCCCGGAGGAGGCAGUGGUGUGGUUACAGGUCAGGGAGCAGGUACAGGCUACAGACCUGGAGGUGGUUAUGGGGGAUAUGGUGGUGGUUAUGGACCCAAACCUCCUAAAACAGGUGGUGCGGGAACAGGGGUUGGAGCAGGUGGAACUGGGUUUAGACCUGGAGGUGGUACAGGUGUUGGGCCUGGAGGAACUGGGCAGGUUCCUGGGGGAACAGGAUUUGGUCCUGGAGGUACUGGGUUUGGACCUGGUGGAACCGGGCAAGUUCCUGGGGGAACAGGAUUUGGUCCUGGAGGUACUGGGUUUGGACCUGGUGGAACCGGGCAAGUUCCUGGGGGAACAGGAUUUGGUCCUGGAGGUACGGGGUUUGGACCUGGUGGAACCGGGCAAGUUCCUGGGGGUACUGGGUUUGGACCUGGUGGAACCGGGCAAGUUCCUGGGGGAACCGGAUUUGGUCCUGGAGGUACGGGGUUUGGACCUGGUGGAACUGGGCAAGUUCCUGGGAGUACAGGUUUUGGACCUGGUGGAACUGGGAGUGGUACUGGAGGGGCUGGGAUUGGUCCAGGUGGUGCAGGAAUCGCUCCUGGUGGAACUGGAGUUGGAACUGGAGGAACAGGAACCGGUGCCGGUGGAGCAGUUCCAGGCGGAGGUGCUCCAGUAUUGCCUCAGACUGGUGUAGGACUUGGAGGAAAGACAAGUGCUAAAGCAUCCAAACAAGUUCCAGGAGUCGGAGUACCUGGACUUUAUCAAGGUGGAUUUGUACCAGGUCAAGGUUUCGGAGGCCGUGGGGUUCUCCCUGGAGUAGCCACAGGGUCUGGUAUUGGGCCUCAAACUGGGACUGGGGUACUUGGUCAAGGUGGAACAGGACAAGCAGGCAGUGGUCAACGUGGACAACAGUUAUCUGGAGUUUUUCAUGGUUACCCUCUAAUAUCACCAAAAUCAGGGACAGGAAAAUCAAAGAAACCUGGAAAAGCUGCAGCCAAAUAUGCUGGAGGCGGUUCUCUUGGUCAGGGAAGCACCUUAGGCACUGGAAGACUUCCUGGAGGUGGAGUAGGAGUCAUCCCUGGAACAGCAAGCGGAACAGGAGUCGGACCUAGAGUUGGGGAUGGCUUUGGGACCAGUGGUGGACCUGGAGUGGGAACAGGAGUUGGACCUGGAUUUGGUGGAGGAGUUGGACCAGGAGUUAGACCUGGAGUAGCAACAGGUGCUGGGACUGGAGCAGGGACAGGAGUUGGACCAGGAUUUGGAGGAGGAGCUGGAACAGGAGUAGGCAGUAACACACCUGGGUUAGGUUAUGGCCCUGGCUCAGCCAAAGCACGCAAAUAUGGUAAUGUAGGUCCUGGUGCAACUGGAGUUGGUUCAACAACAGGAGGGGGGGCACUAGGAGGGCUUGGCCGAGGCACAGGGUUGGGACCUGGUUCAGGACUUGGUUUUGGACCAGGUGGUGCUGGCACUGGAUAUGGACCAGGUGGAGUUGGACCAGGCGGUGUCGGCACUGGAUAUGGACCAGGCGGAGUUGGACCAGGCGGUGUCGGCACUGGAUAUGGACCAGGCGGAGUUGGACCAGGUGGUGUAGGCACUGGAUAUGGACCAGGCGGAGUUGGACCAGGCGGUGUCGGCACUGGAUAUGGACCAGGCGGAGUUGGACCAGGUGGAGUUGUGCCAGGUGGUGCUGGCACUGGAUAUGGACCAGGCGGAGUUGGACCAGGCGGUGUCGGCACUGGAUAUGGACCAGGCGGAGUUGGACCAGGCGGUGUCGGCACUGGAUAUGGACCAGGCGGAGUUGGACCAGGUGGUGUAGGCACUGGAUAUGGACCAGGCGGAGUUGGACCAGGUGGAGUUGUGCCAGGUGGUGCUGGCACUGGAUAUGGACCAGGUGGAGUUGGACCAGGGAGUGUUGGUACUGGAUAUGGACCUGGAGGUGUGGGACCAGGUGGAGUCGGAACUGGACCGGGGGGAUAUGAUGCCAGUGCCAAAGCUCGCAAAUAUGGUAUGUUAAGUGGAGCACUUGGAGGACCUUCAGGUGUUGGACAAAGUGGAGUUGGCCCUGGAUAUGGACCAGGAGGUGCUGGUCAAGGGGGAGUUGGCACUAGAUAUGGACCAGGAGGAGUUGGACCAGGUGGGGUUGGUACUGGAUAUGGACCAGGAGGAGUUGGACCAGGUGGGGUUGGCACUGGAUAUGGACCAGGAGGAGUUGGACCAGGUGGGGUUGGUACUGGAUAUGGACCAGGAGGAGUUGGACCAGGUGGGGUUGGUACUGGAUAUGGACCAGGAGGUGCUGGACCAGGUGGGGUUGGUACUGGGUAUGGACCAGGAGGUGUUGGACCAGGUGGGGUUGGUACUGGAUAUGGACCAGGAGGUGCUGGACCAGGUGGGGUUGGUACUGGGUAUGGACCAGGAGGUGUUGGACCAGGUGGGGUUGGUACUGGAUAUGGACCAGGAGGUGCUGGACCAGGUGGAGUUGGCACUGGAUAUGGAGCAGGAGGAUAUGCAGGAGCCAAAGCACGCAAAUAUGGAGUCCCUGGAGGUGUAGGAGGUACACUGGGUACAGGAGGAGUUGGGGUUGGAACUGGGCCCGGGUCUGGAUUUGGAGUAGGUGGAGGGAUUCCUGGAAGAGGGGGAGUGACAACUGGUGGUGGCCCUGGAUCAGGACUUGGGACAGCAGGGACACCUGGUACCGGCAUUGGAACAGGAGGAGGGCCUGGUGGCUUUGGACCAGGUAGUGCUGGAGGGUAUCCUGGUGGUGCAAAGUCUCUCCAAUAUGGGCUCCCAGGUGGAGCUGGAGCUCCUGGAUCUGAAUUUGGGGGUCAAGGGACUGGAGGGGUUCCUAAUGUCAGCAGAGGACCAGGAGUUGGCACAGUAGCUGGAACGGGUUAUGUUCCAGGAGGAGGUUAUGGAAUAGGCACAGGAGCUGGAUAUGGAACAGGUUAUCGACCUGGAUCCAAACCUUCUAAAUACGGUCAAGUUGGGUCCAGUGGAGGCGGGGUACUUGGAGGGGGAGCAGGACAAGGUGCUGUUCUACCCGGGACAGGAGUAGGAACCAGGGUUGGAGGCAAUGAAACGAUCAGCACUAGCGGUGCAAGACCAACUUCACGCCCUGGUGAAACAAGACCUGGAGCUCCGGAUGGCACACCAACACCAGCAGCGGAAGUUGAGAGCGGUACUGCCACUGUUUUGGAGGGCUCCGGCAUUCCUGGAGGAGAUGGAGGGACAGUUGUAGGUGAGAGGCCAGUGGGAGGACAUGGAGAUGGUUUGAAUGGAAGCAGUAUUCCCAUCAUUGGAUCAAUUCCAGGAUUUAACGGGACCACAAUUCCAGAUUCCACAGGAGCUCCCUCUGGUUCAGGUGGGGACCUGUCAGGUGGAGGGCUCUCACAAGCCAGACCUCUCAAACCUCCAGGUGUUCCUAGGGGUGACACGCCAGGCGAGGGAGAUGGAGAAGGAGGACCUGAUGGGGAGAGUGAUGGUAGGCAAAGCAGUGAAGGAAGACCAGGAAGAGUUGGAGGGAGCCCGACUGCAGCUGAGGGAGCAGGAAAUGUCUCAGGCAGAGAAACAGGAGUACCAAGAGGGGACACUCCAGCCACUGGAAUUGGAAUCCAACCAGGGAGAUCUGCUGGUGCAGUCGAAGGAACAGCGAAACCACCUAAAGACGGGGCUCUAGCAGGAGGUGCAGGUGUUCAACCAGGUGGAGUUGGAGGUGGAACUGGAGGCACUGGGGUGGUGCCAGGGGCCGUUGGUUCUAGUGGAGUAGGAACAGGCAUUGCAAAGCUUGGAAAAAGCUACAAUCAAGCUGGGGUUCUACCAGGUGGAGGUCAACGCUACCCCAGUAGUGGCGGGUAUGGUGCUGGUCAAGGAGGUUAUGGAACUGGGCCUGGCGGGUUUGGAACUGGUCCAGGAGGUGUAGCACCAGGCUCAGGUUAUGGAGCUGGAGUUGGACCCGGCAGCUAUGGUCCUGGUGUUGGACCUGGAAGCUCGCUCCCUGGAGGUGGUUACGGACCCAGUGGUACUGGUCAAGCUGGAUUUGGACCAGGCGCUGCCAGCACAGGACUAGGAGGGGCUGGAAACAGACCAGGCACUUUUGGUCCAGGUGGUGUUGGCACUGGGCCAGGCAGCUUUGGACCUGGUGGAGCAGGGUCUAUUCCUGGUGUUUAUUCUGCUGGAGGUCAAGGACUAGGAACCAGAAAACCACCAAAAACAGGCUAUGGAUCAUCACUGGGUGGAGCUGGAUAUGGCCAAGGUACUGGACCUGGCAGAUACGGACCUGGUGUUGUUGGGCCUGGAGGAGUCUCACCAGGUGGAGCCGGCACAGGAACCGGAGGCUUUGGACCAGGUGGCACUGGAACUGGAGGCUUCGGACCUGGUGGCACUGGAACUGGAGGCUUCGGACCAGGUGGAGCCGGCACAGGAACAGGAGGCUUUGGACCAGGUGGUGCUGCAACCGGAGGUUUUGGACCAGGUGGUGCUGGGACUGGAACGAGAGGUUUUGGACCAGGUGGUACUGGCACAGGAACUGGAGGCAUUGGACCAGGAAGCCAGACUUUGGGAAAAAGAAAGCCCUUUAAAUCUGGAGCUGGCACAGGACCUGGAGGCUUUGGACCAGGUGGUGCUGGCACAGGAAGUAGAGGCUUUGGACCAGGAGGUGCUGGUACAGGAACUGGAGGCUUUGGACCAGGAGGCACUGGCACAGGAACUGGCGGCUUUGGACCAGGAGGUGCUGGCACAGGAACUGGAGGCUUUGGACCAGGAGGUGCUGGCCAGGGAACUGGAGGCUUUGGACCAGGAGGUGCUGGCACAGGAACUGGAGGCUUUGGACCAGGAGGUGCUGGCCAGGGAACUGGAGGCUUUGGACCAGGAGGUGCUGGCACAGGAACCGGAGGCUUUGGACCAGGAGGUGCUGGCCAGGGAACUGGAGGCUUUGGACCAGGAGGUGCUGGCACAGGAACUGGAGGCUUUGGACCAGGAGGUGCUGGCACAGGAAUCGGAGGCUUUGGACCAGGAGGUGCUGGCCAGGGAACUGGAGGCUUUGGACCAGGAGGUGCUGGCACAGGAACUGGAGGCGUGGGACCAGGGAGCCAAAGUUUAGGCAAAAGGAAGCCUUAUAAAUCUGGAGCUGGCAUAGGAACUGGAGGCUUUAGACCAGGUGGUGUUGGCCUUGGAACUGGAGGAUUCAGACCAGGUGGCACUGGUACUGGAGGUUUUGGACCUGGAGGUGCUGGAACAGGACCUGGAAGCUUUGGACCUGGAGGAGCUGGCACAGGACCCGGAGGUUUUGGACCAGGUGGAGCUGGAACAGGAACUGGAGGCUUUGGACCAGGAGGUGCUGGCCAGGGAACUGGAGGCUUUGGACCAGGAGGUGCCGGCACAGGAACUGGAGGCUUUGGACCAGGGGGUGCUGGCCAGGGAACUGGAGGCUUUGGACCAGGAGGUGCUGGCACAGGACCUGGAGGUGUGGGACCAGGGAGCCAGAGUUUAGGGAAAAGAAAGCCUUCUAAAUCUGGAGCUGGCAUAGGAACUGGGGGCUUUGGACCAGGUGGUGUUGGCCUUGGAACUGGAGGUUUCAGACCAGGUGGCACUGGUACUGGAACUGGAGGUUUCGGACCAGCUGGAGCUGGAACAGGGCCUGGAGGUUUCUUACCAGGUGGAACUGGAACAGGACCUGGAGGCUUUGGACCAGGAGGCGCUGGCACAGGAACUGGAGGCUUUGGACCAGGAGGCGCUGGCACAGGAACUGGAGGCUUUGGACCAGGAGGCGCUGGCACAGGAACUGGAGGCUUUGGACCAGGAGGCGCUGGCACAGGAACUGGAGGCUUUGGACCAGGAGGCGCUGGCACAGGAGCUGGAGGCUUUGGACCAGGAGGCGCUGGCACUGGAACUGGAGGCUUUGGACCAGGAGGCGCGGGCACAGGAACUGGAGGAUUCAUACCAGGUGGAGCAGGAACAGGACCUGGAGGUUUCAGACCAGGUGGCACUGGAACUGGAACUGGAGGUUUCGGACCAGGUGGAGCUGGAACAGGACCCGGAGGUUUCAGACCAGGUGGUGUUGGGACUGCAACUGGGUUUGGACCAGGUGGACAAGGAUUUGGAAAAAGGAAACCUUCUAAAUCAGGUUACGGAGGAGCUGGUUAUGGAGCAGGAGGUACAGGAGGAGCUGGUCCUGGAGGAUUUGGCCCUGGCGGAACUGGGACAGGCCCUUCUGUAGCCACUGGAGGUGCUGGAUCUACUGGCUUUGGUCCAGGAGGAACUGGAACUGGAAGCUUUGUUCCAGGAGGCACCGGAACUGGUGGUUUUGGUCCUGGAGGAACUGGUGCUGGUGGUUUUGGGCCUGGAGGGGCUGGAAGCGUGACAGGAGGUUUCCAACCUGGUGGGCAAUCACUUGGAUCAAGAAAGCCACCUAAAUCUGCGUAUGGUUCCUAUUUGGGUGGAACUGGAUAUGGACAGGGAGGGGGCACUGGGCCUGGAUAUGGUGCUGGGGCAGGAGGUGGCUACCCAGCUAAAGCACAGAAAGCAGCCAAAUAUGCUGCCAUGCAGGCCUUCCUUGGAGCUGGAGGCUACAGAGGUGGAGGCUGUCAGGGUGACUACUGUGGUCGAAGGAGGAAGUGA